UCUGGCAUCUUUUUCUUUCUUUCUUUCUUUCUUUCUCAAACAAUUAUUUGGACUUCUUUAUAAGUUUAUUCUCUGCAACAAAGUUAGGUUUGGACUUGGAAUUUUCUUAUUCACAAAUUAGCAGCUAAUUUUAGCAGAAAAUUGCAUCUAUUCAUGCAGGAUUUUUCAGCCAUCUCCUCUACCUAUUCUUAUCUAGACUUCACACAUCUGAAAACUUUUUAUAAAUUAGUAUUGCAUGACAUAAUAAUCAAAUCUCCCAUAUUAAGAUUGUCCAUCUUCAUCACUACCAAAACUUUGAAGAACCGAAGCCACGGAAGCCUGAUUCAUUGCAAUAUAUAGAUCCAAGUUAACACAAUUAAUUUGAUUUCACUAUGCACGGCCAAGAAUGAGAUGCAAUAUAAGAUGAUCACAAAUUCAAGAGGAAAAGACUUGACAACGAAGCAAGAAGGAAAUGACAACAAUGACAAGAUCACAAAAGGUCCAGCAGCUAGUACUUCAAGGUCGUCAUGGUCAGGGCUAAAAGAUCCGAGAGUUGUUCGUGUCUCACGUACUUUCGGUGGGAAAGAUAGACAUAGCAAAGUUUGCACAGUAAGAGGACUAAGAGAUCGGCGUGUCAGGUUAUCAGUACCUACAGCUAUUCAGUUGUACGAUCUACAAGACAGAUUAGGCCUAAAUCAACCUAGCAAAGUUGUUGAUUGGCUUCUAAAUGCUGCAAAAGAUGAAAUUGAUGAGCUUCCUCCGCUUCAAAUUCCACCGGGAGCUUUUGAUCUAUACCCUCAACCUAUGAUGGUUUCGCCACAAGAAGUUACUGAUCAUAUGCAAACUUCAUUAGCCUCACUCGUAGAUUCAUAUGUCAAGGACGGAGAUGCAACUAACUUGUUACGUUCUCACAAAGCAGGGUUUAAUAUGAACGAUAAUAGCGAAAAGCAUGAUGGUUCUCGUCAAACAACUGAUGCAACGACAUCAGAGUCUAAAUAUUGGAACUUGAAUUCUCCAAUGAGGUCAUCCAAAUCUAAAGAAGUUGUACAUGAAACAACUACUUCUGAUCAGAGAAACAAUUGGAUGAUGAACUCUAAAAGAAGUAUUCAUGAUCAACAAGGACACGGUCAAGAAAAUGGUGAAGCUGCUCAUAAUGCCCAAGUUGGUUCAUCUCAUCAUCACUCUCUUCAUAAUCCUGCCAGGGCUAACCUUUCUUCCUUGUCAGGGUUUCAAAGUAAUAAUAAUGUCAUGAUACCGCAAAGUUCUUUCUAUCAUUGGGAUCCUUCAAAUCUAUCAUUAUCCCAGUUAGGAAACCAAGGAAGUGGGUUUUCAACGUCAUCUCAAACAUCUGAAGAUCCACAUAACUUCAAUAUCCUAUCAAUGGGGAGUUCUUCUCAGCUGUCAGCGUUACCACCGGGUUCACAUCAUCAACUAUUAGUUUGCCCGCCCGGAGCAACACCGCCUUUCUUCCAGCCCUAUGCGACAAGCAUUGCUCAAAUGGAGAAUGGUGCACAAAGCAGGCAAAUCCAUAACCAUUUUCAAAUGUUGAGUUCAUCAUCAUCAGCUGGUAAUUUACAUCAGAAUUUACAAUUGAACUCUCUUACCCCUUCUCUUUACUCAAUAAGUCCUGCACGAAACCCUAGUUCCAUGAUGAUGAUGAGACCACUUCAACUGGGUGUUAAUAUUACUCACCCUAGCAGCAGUAAGCAGCUUCAUCAUUCUCAAAACAACAACGGUGGAGGUAGUGAUAAUGAUAAUAAUGAUCAUCAAACAAAUAAGCAGGGAAAUAACAUUAUUACUACCAAUGGUCUUUCGAGUUCCUUCACUUCGGGUUAUUCAUUUCAAAAUGAUCAAAACUAAACUUUAAGUAUAGGUAUAUAUUAGCCACUGCAUUAUUUGAAUGAGAAAAUACCAUUUUUUUCAUAUCAAUUACAGUUACAAAAAGAAAAGAUAUAUAUACGUGCUAUAUUGUUGUUUAUUACUAUGUAUUAACUAGUAGUACUAUUGAUUACUUGGCAAGUGGUCAGAGUUGUAUGCAGUUUAUCAUAACAUACAUAUUGUUGAUUAGAUGUGCGGUUUUGUGUCUCUUGUUUCAUGUUUGGUAAAAGAUUUUUCAUAGAAUAUAUUGCUGGGAUUUUUGUGGUUU